AUGUUGUUGACUGUCGUCAUUGGAGUGGCUGCGGCGGUGCUAACCUACAAACUGGCCAGGCUUAUCAUCGAAGGCGGUCAAUUUCGGAAGAAUACUCGCUGUGAUGGAAAGGUGAUUCUCAUAACGGGUGCUAACACAGGGAUCGGUAAAGAAACGGCCCGAGAGUUGCUGAAGCGAGGUGGAAAGGUGUAUAUCGCUUGCAGAUCGCUGGAGCGUGCUAACGAGGCUCGAAAUGAUAUUGUUGCACAAACAGGUAUGAGUGAUCUGCACGUGCGCAAGCUAGAUCUUGCGUCGAUGGAAUCGAUUCGGAAUUUUGCAAAGAGGUUCCUCGAAGAAGAAAAACGAUUGGAUCUGCUGAUCAAUAAUGCGGGCGUGAUGGCAUGCCCGAAGUCACUCACUAAAGACGGCUUCGAGCAGCAAAUUGGAGUCAACCAUCUUGGUCACUUUCUGCUCACGAAUUUACUAAUGGAUCAGCUCAAGGCAGCAGCGCCCAGCCGCAUCAUCAAUUUGUCCAGUCUUGCGCACAAGUACGGUAAAAUCAACCGGAAGGACUUGAACAGUGAGCAUUCGUACAACCAGGUGACAGCCUAUUGCCAAAGCAAACUAGCCAAUGUGAUGUUUACUCGUGAACUGGCCAAACGACUACGAGGUACGGGCGUAAACGCGUACGCCGUUCACCCCGGAACUGUCGACACGGAUCUUCCCCGUCACAUGGGUUCCCUUUUUUUUCUUUUUGAUCACAAACUGGUGAAGCCGUUACUGCGGGUGGCUUUUAAAACGCCACUUUCCGGGGCUCAGACCACACUCUAUACUGCACUGGACGAGGAUUUGAAAGAGGAAAGCGGCAAUUAUUACGCCGACUGCCGAGAGCAAAAGCUAAGCCAGUACGCAAGGAACGACGAAGUGGCUGCAUGGCUUUGGGACGAAAGCGCACGAAUGACCGGUCUAAGCGGAUAUUAA